AUGGUCCCACCUCGAUUCCAACCGCUGUGUCCACCGCAUCGCUUCCGUGGGCAGCCGCUUACGCAACUGUCCGUGCUUCAUGUCGUUUUGACCCGACUAUACAGUCCGGUCAAAUCGUGGUGGUGCAAACGAGUGGCAGAAUGUAAUUGGGAAGGAAAUUACUGGGACGAUGGAGUGCACGACUAUGCCGAUCUUAAUUGGGACACGGUGGAUGUACUCACGCAGAAAAUUGCAAACAUCUUCAAGGAAUACUGUGAAAUGAAAGACAAUGUUUUCUUAUUUCUACACCAUACUAUCCAACUUCCGUUGUCAAUGCUGGCUGCAAGUAGAAUUGGAGUCGUUUCUGUUAUAAUGGAUCCCGCUAUUUCCACUAAAGAAGAAAUUGCUGAAGUUCUCAGGAAAACCAAACCGAAGCUCGUUGUUACUGUCGACGCUUUCUGGCAAGGACAUGAGUUGUUAGAAACGAAAAAACUCCUUGAUGAGGCUAUCGAUAAUGCUCAGGUGUCUUCAAUCAAAAAUGUUCUCGUAAUUCGCCAUACCGCCCCUAAUCCUGGUAUUCCGCCUCCAGAUCAAAUUAUUCCUGGAAGAAGACCAUGUUAUAAGCUUGAGGUGAGCUUGAACGACUCACGUGACAUCCUUUGGACUACGUUGGUCAGGAAGGCAGAGCAGAGCUGCGACAUCACAUGGCUGCCAGCAGAGCAUCCGUUUGUCAUUCUUCCUAAAUGGACUCCCACGUUGCGUCUACGCACAAUAUCAACAGGACAACUGCUUCGUGCUGCAAAUGAAUACUCGAAAGCAGCGAUUUCUUUCUGCCUUACAUUGGCUCAUCCACAAACUCCAUUGGGUCUAGUUGGAUAUUUUGCACCGUGGCUAGGUGGAAAAGUACUCUCGACGUUCGAAGGCAUCUUGAACCAUCCGGAUCCUUCCCGUCUCAAACAUAUCAUUUCAAAAUAUGAGAUCAAAUCCGCUAUUCUCCCCAAACUGGAACUUGACGAAGAAUACAUGAAAAUAGUUCCCGUUCCUACACUAUCCAGAAUUAUCACAGAAGCUGGCAAUGCGGCAAUACUGACUAGAGACUUCCCUGGCGUUGAAAUUAUCGAAAUGGACGUAGAGAAAUUAUUGUUGUGA